AUGACUGAUCCGAGUGUCAGUACCAUUUGUCUUCCAUCAGUCAGUUCCAUAACAUUAUCAGCCGGCGAAUGGCCUCCAGUUGGAAUAACAGUGAGUGUGGCUGUAGGCUGGGGUCGAUUGAGUGAAAAUGGAUUGACAGCGUCGACACUUCAACAAGUAACGAUGCAAACGGUUGAUCGCUGGUCAUCGAUAUGUUCUCCUGUGAUCGCGAAUUGGUCAGUUCAAUUUUGUGCUACUGCUCCAUACAAAGACACGUGCCAAGGCGAUUCUGGUGGCUCUCUGAUGGCUUUCACUUCUAGCAAACAAUGGGUUUUGGUUGGUGCAACGAGCAGUGGCAUUGGUUGUGCUCGACCGUAUUAUGCCGGUAGUUACACUCGCAUAGCUGCUUAUCAAACGUGGAUUAGCUCGAUUACCGAUGGUCAAUUCAUUAAUCCAACCUCAUCAAGUUUGACUUUACCAGCGAUAUGCAUAGCAACUGCACAUUAUCGAUCAACUGUUUCAUUUGUAUUGGUUUCAAUUGUCUUUCUAUUUGGUGCCAUGUAA